CCACACCUCUUAUCAGCGCUGCUGAUGCAAUUUCUGAAUGUUGGAUUUUUCUUGUUUAUUUGCAAGUUUUGCCAAUGUAAUCCCUUUAAGUCACAAUGGCGGAUGAGAGUGAUAUAACGGAUUUCAGAGAAAGACAAGAAAAUGAAGUGGAAGUUCUUAAAGCCAUAUUCAUGGAUGACUUCAAAGAUAAAACCCGGGACCCCUCCCAAGGCCUGGAGCUGCACCUUCGCUUGAUGCCUCAGCAGGGUAUGAGUGGUAGUGGGGAUGUCCAUGUCACAGCUGAUAUGACCAUUAUCUGCCCUCCUAGAUACCCAGAGCAAAUGCCAACAGUUACCAUAGAAAAUGGCAGAGGAAUAUCCAAAGAAAAACUGAAGCAAAUAAAAAAGAAGGUGGACAUUAUGGCAAAGAAACUGCGUGGUGAAGUAAUGAUACUGGAGCUGGCGCAGCAUGUCCAGCAGUUCUUGCACAGCCACAAUGUGCCUGGACCAAAGUCUUUCUAUGAGGAAAUGAUGAGCAAUCAGAAGAGGGCUGAGGAGAAGGUGGCCAGAGAGCAGAAGAAAAAAAUGGAACUGAGGAAGAAAAGAGAAGAGCUAGAGAUAUUAGAGAUGGAUGAAGAGAUCCAGAGAAGACAAGAGGCAAUGAAAGAGCUGAAGAAGAAGAAAGACCUUACAAAGCAGGAUUCUGACGAAACCAAAGACUCAAGAGAAAGACACAACUCUGAUCCACCGGGUAGCCAGUCCCCAACCAGGAUACGAGUGGACAGUGGAUCGCUGGACAGUUCUGAUUCCAGCUCGCCUAAGACCAAAGGGAAAUGGCAGUUUGAUCAGGUCGAGAAGGGAGGAGAUACAAGGAUACGAACAAGGACAUUCAGUGGUUCAAACACAUCCAGGCAACUCAUAGAAACUUCUCACCAAAACAGUCAUCGGAAGGCGAGGUUGGUAAAACAGCUGAGCGGCGGAAAGAAAGAUCACGUCACCGUUAUCAAGUUCCAUACUAAAGGAGAUAGGAAUGUCCAUAAAGGAAGAUUGCUUGGUUCUAAUCCAGAAGGGAGCACUGUGUAUGCAGGAAUGGACGCUCAUUCUGGGGACCUCCUGACUAUCCGUGAAUGGGUGAUCAAAUGGAAACAAGGGAAAGGGAGGAAGCCUCUUCCGGACGAAGAAGAAGAUGCAGAAGCGUGCCUCAAACAGUGUGCUAGUGUCGAACAGGAACUUCUAUCAUUAUUACGUCUAGAAAACGCGAACAUUGUCCAUUAUCUCGCCAUGAAUUACAACAAAGGAAAAGAAGAUAUAAAUGUACAGCUACUGAUGGAGUAUGUUGGUGGAGGAAACCUUUCCCAAAAGCUGGAGAACGGGUCCCUCACUUCCUUUGAUCUCCUGAGAGAAUACGCCAUUGAUCUUCUGAGUGGGCUGCAAUACCUACACAGCCAUGCCGUCGUACACAAACAGCUCAGAGCCUCACAGGUGUAUGUGGAUUGUGACGGACGGUUACGAGUGGCAAACUACAGUAUGUGCAAGAGGUUAAAUGAGCUUGCACAAGCUGCGAAUGAAGGAAAACAGACGGUGAGAUUCAGUGAUGAUAAAACGUACGGAGGAAGAGGAGGAAAGAAAGGAGAUGUACUUGACCUGGGGCUGUUAUUGUUAGGCUUAUUGCUUGGUACAUCUGAUGUGCAAUACCCAUGUGAAGUGCCUCAAGACCUCCCCUUAGAUCUCCAAGAUUUUCUGAAUAGGUGCAUAGACAUAGAUGAAAGGAGUCGUGCUAAUGUCCAGUCAUUGCUUGACCACCCGUUCAUCAAACCUACCAUAUCAGACAAUCCUGACCCACCUAGUGUGUCGUCUGGUGAAAGCAGGGUUCUAGAGGAGUCGACUGCUCUGGAUUUCCCUGGUGUUCCUACGGCUGACAUCAAUCUUGGAGUGUCCAGACUGCACAGUGAAUUUGAGUUCCUAGCCUUCCUUGGUAAAGGGGGCUUCGGCAAUGUCAUCAAGGUUCGUAACAAGCUUGAUGGUAACCUGUAUGCUAUCAAGAAGAUCUUGCUCAAUCCCAAGAGCAGAGAACUCAACAAGAAGAUCACAAGAGAAGUCAAACUACUCUCGAGGCUCAAUCAUGAAAACGUUGUCAGGUACUACAACUCAUGGAUAGAGGUAGCAGAGGAACCUCCUACCACCGACACGGACGAAUCCAGGACCACCGGUACAGGGGAGACCUCUCCCGAAACCAAUAGGGUCGGUAGGGGUGCCAGGGAGGUACCCCUUGCUGUUAAUAGUCUCAGCUUAUCAGACAACAUUGAGGAACAAGCACUGAAACUCAGUAUUCGUAACUCCUUAGAGUGGAGUUCUUCAGGAAACAUAGGUUUGAUAGGGGACAGUGAUGAUUCAUCUAGUGAUGAUGAAGGUGUCUUUGGAAGAUCUUUCUUACCCCGCUCCGAUGAUUCGUCUUCUGAUGGUAUUGACUUUGAAGGGAGUAAUCGAGGAGAAGAGUCGGAUAUCAGUCUGUCCAUCUCAAAACAGGAAUCCAAAGGGAACAGGGGCAAGUCAAAAGAAGAAGACAUCUCUGAAGACAAUCCAGUAUUUUCACCAGUGCAAUAUCUUUACAUUCAAAUGGAGUUCUGUGAGAAGAGCACAUUACGGACUGCCAUUGAUGCAGGCAUGUACGAAGACAAGAGAAGAUUAUGGACCCAUUUCAGGGAGAUCAUCGAAGGACUUGCACAUAUUCAUCUCCAGGGCAUGAUACACAGAGACCUGAAACCAGUCAACAUCUUCCUCGAUUCCAAUGACUUUGUGAAGAUUGGUGACUUUGGACUGGCGACCUCGGAGCAGAUGGCCGGAGCUCUCACCAGCGAGGUCUCGUGUCACAACAGACUCACAGAUUCAUCGCAUUCUGGAGAGGCAACACCAGGUAAUCAUCUGACAGGGAAGGUUGGAACAGCGCUGUACGUUGCACCAGAACUAUGCAAGGCUCGUAUCGGCCAUUAUAACCAAAAAGUGGACCUGUACAGCCUGGGUAUCAUCUUCUUUGAGAUGUGUUACAGGUCGUUAUCUACUGGCAUGGAGAGAGUUAAGAUCCUCGGCCAAAUCAGACAGGAAUCAAUUCAGCUCCCCGAAGACUUUGACGAGGUCAGGAACACCAAUGAGAACGCCAUCGUCCACUGGCUCCUGAACCACGACCCCAAGGAGAGGCCAACCUCCCAGGAGCUCCUGGAGAGCAAGCUCCUGCCUCCGCCUCAGAUGGAAGACGCUCGGCUCCAGGACAUGCUCCAUCAGACGGUGGCCAACCGCCAGUCCAAGGGGUACCACUACCUCAUGACGGAGCUCUUCGCUGUCGAGAGCAGGCCCGUGGCAGACUUCACCUAUGACAUCGACAUGCAUAAGGGCUUCUCGUUGAAGAACUCCCUCACCCAGCAGAUGGUGUACGACACCGUGCAGCGCAUCUUCCAGAAGCAUGGAGCCGUCCGAAUCAACACCAUCAUGUUACUACCCAAGACCAAGCUGUAUGAACACAGUGACAUGUGUGCGCACUUCAUGGAUCACAGCGGAGGGAUUGUGACCCUGCCUUAUGACCUCAGGGUUCCAUUUGCAAGGUACAUUGCAAGAAAUAAUGUGACAAACUUGAAAAGGUAUUCAAUAGAGCGAGUGUACAGAGAGAGGAAGCUCUUUGGCAGUCACCCCAGAGAGCUAACCGAGUGUGCGUUUGACAUUGUGACCAACUCACCAGGAAGCCUUCAACCUGAUGCAGAGGUUCUACACCUUGUGACCGAGAUUAUCAAUGAAUUCCCUGAACUGCAGACAAGGAACUACUCCAUCCGUCUGAACCACACAGGCCUGCUGACGGCCAUUUUGAAUUACUGCGGAGUCCCAGUGGAGCUGCAUGGGAGCCUGUACCGCACACUGAAUGAGGCUAGGACUGAGAGACUCACCAAGGUCCAGACACAGACCAGGCUCUGUGGUAUGUCAUUCACAGAACAACAGGUGGCCAGCUUAUACCAGUACAUUGACCUGGAAUGUCCACUCAGUAAACUGACCUCUACCCUCAAACCUUUGACCAGAGGUCAAGGUCAGAAUGCUUCCAUGGUCAAGCAGGCCUUGCAUGAGCUAGAGGUCAUCAUCUCCCAGGCUCAGGUCUACGGGGUCAGGUUGGAGAUGUUGAUCAACGUUGGUCUGGUGUACAACAUCCAGAUCUUCUCAGGAGUGGUCUUCCAGUUCGUCGCUAGCAUUGGACGUCCAAAGAAGAGACCCACUAUGGAUGUUUUGGCAGCAGGCGGUAGAUAUGAUAUACUGAUCCCGGAGUUCAAGAAGCCUCACUCCACGCAGCAGAACGUUCCCGGCCCCCUGGCAGUAGGAAUCAGCGUGUCCUUUGAGAAGAUCAUCACAGCGGUCCUUCAGGAAUCCCAGAGUGACAUAGUGAGCUCCUUCGUCAGGCGAACCUUUAGUGAUGGUGUCGGCCUGGACUGUAGACACAUAGUACAACCUGUAGAUGGCAAGACUUUGAGUAUAUGUGACAUCCUGGUGGUGUCUGUAGGCAGUAGUACCCUGAUCAGAGACAGGAUCAAAGUGGUGCGCAACCUGUGGGCAGCAGGAUUCCAGGCUGAUGUCCUCUAUGAUGACUCCCUGAGUCUAGAAGAGGCCCAGGACUAUUGCAGAGCGAUGGGGAUCUCCCAUCUGGUAAUCCUCAAGGAUUCAGACACCCUGAUAAAGGUGCGUUCGUUUGACAAAGAGAAGGUCAUCGUGGAAUCAUCUGUAGGUUUCUACAACCUUGUUGAACAUCUUCAAAUGAAACUCAACAAAGUUGAGUUGACAGAGCAGAGCCCUCAGGUUGCCUCUAAGAGUAAGAGUAUCUAUGAUGCCAACCAAGGAAGUAGCCUGCCUCAAUAUAGGGUCUAUUUUGUCACUAUGGACAAGCUUGAUAACAAUGCCAGAAAGAGAUAUGAGCGGCAGAUCCAAGUAAGGAUAGAGCCUGUCUUGGAGAUGUUUUCUUCACGCUGUAUUGUGGUGGUCAUAGCUGUUGAUCUUCCAUUGUGUGUCCUGAAGAAUAUGGCUGUCAUGUUGGAUUUUGAUGGUGAUGGGAGUUCAUACCAGGCUAGUGUAUUGUCAGUAACAGAGAAGUACAACAAGUACAGGAAAUACAUCAUCAAGAUUGCUGAUGAGAUGCUUGAACUCAAGGAAGAAGAAGACGGCAAUGUUCCAUUGGUGUUAUACACGUACCGAGAAGAUGGAUUCAAAGUGGUGCUCUGACCUCUGGCACCCUCUCAUCAUGUUUUGCAUCUCAACUGAAAUAUAUUACCACUGUUCUCAUUCUUGCUUCACAUCAUUCACAUCAUUUAGUACUGCAUGUACAGCUCGUUGACCAAAAGGAAAAAUAUAGUCCAGUCCGUCUUUUUGGCCACCUCUCUAUACUAGGUCAUCCGUGUAUAGCGGUCACUUAUGUGCCUCAUUGGGAAGCAAUAUGUGUUGUACAACCUGUUCAUUAAGGCCACCUGUCCAUAGUGGUCAUGUACAAUAUGUCACUCAAGGAUUAAAUAUAUUGUAGAACCUGUUUAGAAAGACCCCCUGUCUACAGUGGUCACUUGACUUGUUUCAUGUGAGUGACCUUUAUCGACAGGUUUGAAUGUUCAGGGAGUUACAUAAACAUGUGUCCAUUUCCUUGUUUAAGUGCUGAUUUAGAUGCAGCUUAAGCAUAGAUGUUGAUGACAAAGACAUUGUUAUCUACAUAGUAUUCCGCAUAGGUUUAAUAUUGUUCAUCCAUCAUUAGCAGCUACACAGACUCUAGACAAGAUUCACGGCCUUCUCUGUCCAAAUUCUACAUCUACCUGAUUUGAUAUGUUAUGUGAUCAAUAAUAUGUCAUUAAAGUUUGAAAAAUGUUGGUGUAUUUGAUUUUAUUCUGUAAAGCACUAGACCUCCAUAAACAACUAUGGUAUGCAUGAAAGAGUUGGAUGUAUGGCUGUGUUCAAUGAGUAUGUUAAAUGAGUGAUAGGAAAUGGCAUUUUGAAUAAGAGAGGACAUUAAAUGUUUGUUAAUCUUACUGGCAUAUCAAUACACUCGACACCCUCUUCUUUUUAAUAGACCUGUGAACAACAGUUGAUAUGGCACUUGUCCUUUGCUCUCAACUGACAAUAUUUUAUUUUAUCUGUUAUUUAGACCAUCAAUUGCUUACAAAUCUAUAAGCUGUAUAUUUUGUAAAAGAUGUUCAUUCUGUUCACUCUGU